AUGCAGACCAUCAAAUGUGUGGUUGUAGGCGACGGCGCCGUCGGUAAAACGUGUCUACUGAUUUCAUACACUACGAAUAAAUUUCCUAGUGAAUACGUACCGACAGUUUUCGAUAACUAUGCAGUAACUGUUAUGAUUGGAGGAGAACCGUACACACUCGGGUUAUUUGAUACAGCAGGUCAGGAAGAUUAUGAUAGGCUUCGACCGUUGUCCUAUCCCCAAACCGAUGUUUUUCUCGUUUGUUUUUCAGUAAUAGCACCUGCAUCUUUUGAAAAUGUUAGAGAAAAGUGGGUCCCGGAAAUUCAGCAUCAUUGUGCGAAAACACCGUUUUUGUUGGUAGGUACACAAAUCGAUCUUAGAGAUGAUCCUCAGUCUAUUGAGAAAUUGGCAAAAAAUAAGCAGCGGCCUAUUUCCUUUGAAUUAGGUGAAAGAUUGGCGAAGGAGCUUAAAGCUGUAAAAUAUGUUGAAUGUUCGGCUUUGACACAGAAAGGGUUAAAAAAUGUGUUUGACGAGGCGAUAUUAGCAGCUUUAGAGCCUCCAGCGCCUGAUAAAAAGAAGAAGUGUGUUGUUCUGUGA